AUGGCGAGACUUGCGGUGCUGACGUUCUGCCUCUUUGCAGGUGCUUCUGCCCAUUCGGUGGAAGGUUCGAAUGGAGAGCGAAUGCGUGGCAGCCGAAGACUCUGGGACAUCGCGGCGCGGGAGAAACAUAUCUGGGGCCGAUGCGAUCGCUGGGAUGCCAAGGUCAGUGGUUGCGAGCUGAACUCUGAGUACAAGUGCAGUGACCGCGUCUCUGCAGGCCCUGAACAGUAUGACCUGGAGAUUGAACUGGGAAACCUGACCCCGUCCACACCCGAGAAUCCUGUCCAUUUGGCAUGGUGGGCUCCGCAGAAAUCCCAGACGGCUUGGAACCCGCAUGACAACCUUGAAGGCUGUGCCGUGUACCGCGACAUGAACAUUGCGUACCCAAACUUCACCGAGCCGCACUUCAACGGCGGCAACUUGGUGGUGAGUGAGGAUGGCAGAGUGACCAUCCGCGUGCAGAAUCCUGCCACGUACUUUGUGACGCACUGGAUCUCUGUACCACACAUCCACCUCCGCCUCUGCAGUAAUGACACCUUUGCCCACACUACACAAGAUGCCAUCAUCUUCGUAAAGAAUGGAGCCGAACUCGUUGCCGGCCAGGCCGGGUCGACGCUUCAGAUCCUGAGCGUCAAGAACCAUACCUGGACCGAGCAGCCCGGAAGCGGACAGGUGAGUGACCCGGGCAUCGCUGGCAUCCUGGUCUGGAGAAGGGGGGCCACGACCACCACCCUGGCGCCGGGCCAGAUCCAACAGUUCAUUGAGGACACAAUGGAGCGGAUGAACUUGGAUGCCUUGGAGUUUUCACCUAUCUAUCAGUGCUUCGAGAAUGGCCAGCUCUACGAUCACUUCAUUGCCGACUGCGCUAGUAGCUGCGGACCGGGUGCAGAGGUAGCGCAUGGCCAGUGUGUGCGUCCCGAGCGCUUCCAGGAAGCCAGUGUUGUGGGCGUGUGGCAGCUGAUGGUCACGUGCAACGAGGCUUGCUGGGAGGAGUGGAAGAAUGUGACUCUUCACGACAGCAGGCUUGCUUUGGCAGACCUGCUCGACAUUCCGUUUCAGGAGGUGAACAAGGUCUCCAUGACUUUUCAUGCAAAUGCGGGGGAUGCGGCGGCUCGCCGGCUCAACACGGAGAAGUUGGCGACGUUCCAGAUCAUGGUCACCACGAAGCGCAUGGCAAAGAAUGACAUCAACACUCUGAUGAGCACAUUCUUGACUGACACGGCCGCUGCGGCAGACGUCAUGAACUUCCCGGUUUCGCAGGCUCGUUCCUCGCUUCCUCGGACGUGUUCAUGGUGUUCGAUUUGA